CGUUGUCUUUAACAUUAGGGCUGAUCCAUGUGAUGGAGGACCGGAGGAUGGACCGAGCUCUGACCCGGUCGUGAUGGACCCGGUGGAGGAAUCCGGUUCUCCGUGGGCCCGCUUCUCCUCGUGGUUGGAGUGCGCGUGUGUCGUUACCUUCGACCUAGAGCUCGGACAAGCCAUAGAGAUGGUGUAUCCGCAGGAUGUGAAACUCACAGAGAAAGAAAAGACCAGCAUCUGCUACCUGUCCUUCCCUGACUCGUACUCAGGAUGCCUUGGGGACACUCAGUUCAGCUUCAGGUUACGUCAGUCAGUUGGUCGAAAAGGGUUCAAGGUCAGAGAAGAUGUUUACAACAGAGACGCUCCGCCCACCCUUCAGACUGAAGCGGCCCAUUUCUUUGGUUAUGUCUAUUUCAGACAAGUGAAGGAUGUAUCUGUGAAGAGAGGAUACUUCCAGAAGUCACUGGUGCUGGUCUCCAGGUUACCCUUCACUCACCUGUUCCACUCCCUGCUGCAGAUCAUUGCUCCAGAGUUCUUUGAGAAACUGGAGCCCUGUCUGGAAGCAGUAUGUAACGGGAUCGACCAAUGGCCUUCACCUGUACCUGGUCUGACCCUCAACCUGCCUGUGAUGGGCGUGGUCUUACAGGUUCGGAUUCCAUCAAAAACCGACAAACCAGGAGGAAGUCCAGUGAGACAAACUGCUAAAGAGAACCUCCUGGCGGCUCCGACUCUACUGCCUACCAUCCACGAGCUGGACCUCUUUAACUGCUUCCAGUCGGUCCUGGUCCACCUGCAGAUGUUCUGGGAGCUCAUGUUGUUAGGGGAACCGCUGGUCGUCAUGGCACCGUCUCCAACCAUCUCCUCGGAAACCGUGCUGGCUCUUGUCAGCUCCAUCAGUCCUCUGAAGUUCUGCUGCGACUUUCGUCCAUAUUUCACCAUCCAUGACAGCGAAUUCAGAGAGUACACCACAAGGACUCAGGCCCCGCCUAACGUUGUUCUUGGAGUCACCAAUCCGUUCUUCAUUAAGACUUUCCAGAACUGGCCUCACGUCGUCCGACUUGGAGAAAUCAAAAUGGCGGGUGAUCUACCUAAACAGGUGAAAGUUAAGAAACUUUCCAAGCUGAAAUCCCUGGACACUAAACCAGGCAUCUACACGGCCUUUAAGACGUUUCUACACAAAGACAAGAUUCUUAUAAAGAGACUGUUGAAGGGGAUUCAAAGGAAAAGACCUUCAGAAGUUCAGAGCGCGAUCUUAAGGAGGCAUCUGUUAGAGCUCACUCAUAGCUUCAUCAUCCCGCUAGAACGCUACAUGGCGAGCCUAAUGCCUCUGCAGAGGUCGGUGACACCAUGGAAGACUCCUCCUCAGGUUCGACCCUUUAGUCAGGACGAGUUCAUGUCCACUCUGGAUCACACCGGGCCUCAGCUGACCUCAGUGCUCAAAGGUGAUUGGAUGGGACUGUACAGGAAAUUUUUCAGGUCUCCAAACUUUGACGGAUGGUAUCGUCAUCGACACAAGGAGAUGACGCAAAAACUGGAGAGUCUUCACCUGGAGGUCAUCUGUGACGCUGACCUGGUGAGUUGGACUAAAGAUAAAUCUGAGGUAGAAAUCGUUGACUUGGUUCUGAAGCUGAGAGAGAAACUGGUUAAAGGUCGCAGGCUGCAGCUGAAGAACGAAGCUUUGGACAAACUGGACUCUUUUAUAACCUCUACUAUUACCUCCCUGCCUGUGGACCUGCAGAAGGUGGCCCUGUGGACUCUGAUCCAGAUGUUCUACCUCUUGUUGGUCCACCAGGUGGCCCCUUAG